UCAUGGCCUCCGGCAACGCGCACAUCGGAAAGCCCGCCCCCAGUUUCCAAGCAACUGCUGUGGUGGAUGGUGCCUUCAAGGAGGUGAAGCUUUCGGACUACAAAGGGAAGUACGUGGUGCUGUUUUUCUAUCCGCUGGACUUCACCUUUGUGUGCCCUACGGAGAUCAUUGCUUUUAGUGAGCAUGCUGAAGACUUCCGCAAACUGGGCUGCGAGGUGCUGGGGGUCUCUGUGGAUUCUCAAUUCACCCACCUGGCAUGGAUUAACACUCCACGGAAGGAAGGAGGCUUGGGCCCUCUGAACAUCCCCCUGCUGGCUGAUGUGACUAGAAGCUUGUCCCUUGAUUAUGGCGUGCUGAAGGAAGAUGAGGGCAUUGCUUACAGGGGCCUCUUUAUCAUUGAUGGCAAGGGAGUCCUUCGUCAGAUCACAGUCAAUGACUUGCCUGUGGGGCGCUCCGUGGAUGAGGCUCUGCGGCUGGUCCAGGCUUUCCAGUACACGGAUGAGCACGGUGAAGUAUGUCCCGCUGGCUGGAAGCCAGGCAGCGACACAAUCAAGCCCAAUGUGGACGACAGCAAGGAAUACUUCUCCAAACACAACUAG